GGCGGACGAGCGGCGCGGAGCGGGGAGCCGGGAGCCGGAGCCCCGGGGCUGCGGCCGCCCUCGCCUCCGUCCGUCCUGCGGGCUGCCAGAAAAAAAUAAAAUAAAAUGGAGCUCAUGUUACUGCUACUCAUAAUUUUCAUACCUAUGUUGGGUCUCAGUAAUGGAACAGAAACUGAACAAGAUUUUACUUGGCACUUAAAGAAGAUUCCCCAGAUUGUGAGAGAAAGAACUUUCUCCCUUGACAGCCCUAAAUUUGAAGCAAAAACCAAAUUAGAGCUGAACAGUGUAUGUGGAAUUGAAUGUCAAAGGAAACUGCCAGUGCCAAGCUUGUCUGACUUGAAGAGCCUCUUAUCCUAUGAGACUGUUUUUGAAAACGGCACACGGACCCUGACUGAAGUGAGUGUCCUCGGAGCAGUGCCUGACCCAGCUGCAAACACAACCAGACGAAGGCCUUUGAGGAGGAAGAGGCAGAUAUAUGGGACAGACAGUAGGUUCAGCAUCUAUGACAAGAGGUUCAUGACCAACUUUCCGUUCAACACAGCUGUGAAGAUCUCCACGGGCUGCAGUGGCAUUCUCGUUUCCCCCAAGCACGUGCUCACAGCAGCCCACUGCCUGCACAAUGGCAAGGAUUAUGUCAAGGGCAGCAAAAGACUGAGGGUGGGCCUGAUGAAGACGAAAUCCAGAGGCAACGGCAGGAAACGCAAAGGUGCUAAAAGAAGUAGGAGAGAAAUUUCUGCGGCCAAAGAGGAUCCCAAAGCCGCCUCAGAAUUAAAGCGACCAUCCAAAGGCGAUGAGAGAAAGCAGAGGGGAUCUGGGAGGAAGCAAGGGACCUCAGAUGGCAUGCCCUCCUUCCAGUGGACCCGGGUGAAGAGCACGCACAUCCCCAAAGGCUGGUUUAAGGGUGUCUCUGGGGAUAUUGCCCUGGAUUAUGAUUAUGCUGUUCUUGAGCUCAAGCGUCCCCACAAAAGGAAAUACAUGGAGCUGGGAAUCAGCCCAACAAUCAAAAUGAUGCCUGGGAGCAUGAUCCACUUCUCAGGUUUUGACAAUGAUCGGUCUGGGCAGCUGGUCUAUAGAUUUUGUAGCAUUUCUGAUGAGUCCAAUGAUCUGUUUUAUCAGUACUGUGAUGCUGAGCCUGGCUCCACAGGAUCUGGCAUCUAUCUCCGUCUGAAGGAGCCAAACAAAAAAAAGUGGAAACGCAAGAUCAUCGCUGUUUACUCAGGCCACCAGUGGGUGGACAUCAAUGGUGAACAGCAGGAUUACAAUGUAGCGGUACGAAUUACUCCUCUCAAAUAUGCCCAGAUUUGCUUCUGGAUACAUGGGAAUGAUGAGAAUUGCACACAAGGCUGAAGAGAGCCGAGCCUCAGUUCUGCUUAGCACCCUCACUGCCAUAGAGUGAAAGGCGACAGUGACUGGAAGAACAUCACUCCACGCCAGAACGUUCUUGAACUCAAAGCUCGCAAGUAGUGCUAUGGUGACUUAAGGGAUGCUAAAUUUCUAGGGGAGGGGUAGAAUUGUCAGACAAAGUAUUUCUAACUGUAAUCAACCUAGAUACACACUUAAAAUCCCAAACUAUAUUUAUGUUUGCAAUUGUGAAAAUUCAAGUCAUUUGUGAGGAAAAAAAUGGCUGCACCUGUUUGUCAUUUUUUUCCCCAGAGGAAGGGUUGAAACAUCUCAAACUGGUGUUAUUAAGCAAUAUCUAUUUUUUUGCAAUGGAUUUACUUUUCUCAGGGUUCUGUUCCAAUUCUUCAAAUGCAAGUUGUGCAUAUAGCAUGUUCCUGUAUGUGCAGAAUGAACUGCAUGAGAGCAAGACAUUAUUCUGGCAUUCUCUAAAGACCACAGGUCUGUGUUGAGAAGCAGCACUAUAGCUGAUGAUGGUUAGUUUGGAAAACUUCCUCUUCUGGUUGCUGCAGGAACACUCCCAUGGAAAUUCCAAAUUUAUGUAGCUGAGGGUUACACCUUAAAGAAAAAUUCACUCCAUUGCUCAGUAAAAACAGCAAAAGAGAAACUAACAAAAAAAUAGUUUCUGUGUUUGGAAGAAGAAGACAUGUUUAGACAUAUUUAAUGCCUUUAAAUGUUCUUAGAGAAGCUAUAGAAAUCUUAAACACAUGCAUUUGCCUUCCAAUCAAUAUUUGGAGAGGUGUAGGUUUAGUUUCUAGUCAAAUGUUUAGCUUUACCCUUGGGAGAAGUCACUGACUCCCGAAGUGGCUACUUGACAAUCAUUUGGAGCUUCACAGAUGAUAUAUUUUCUGGGUGCUAAACAUUUCUUCAGUUUUUAUAAAUUACUUUUAUACAAGUUCAGCUUCAUAGAUAGGAUAGUAUGUGUUAGACUGGGAGUUGGAAAUCAAUAUUUUAGUUUGGCUUUAUACAGUUUUGCAAAGUGUGUGGUUUUAAUCAUGUUAUAUUCAGAUUCCACCUCAACAUGAUUCACAGGGUUAACUAAAAAUUUCUCCCAACUAAAUUAUAGCACCUUCUGAAUGGUAGAACUAUCCUGUGCUUUAUAAAAGGUAUUUUGUUAGAUAGCAGCAGUAGUUAGCAAAUAAUUUGGUUCAAUAUGUUUGCAGAACCAUGCAUUUAAUGAAGACACAAACUGAGCUUGACUUUUAUACACCUUUAAACACAAACCACCUUCUUAAAAACUGUUGUUGAUUGCUAUGUAAGUUUAUAUCUUUUAUUUUAUGUCAAGAUUUUGAAGUACACAGAAUUCUUAUGGUGCUACAUUAAUAACAUAAAAACAUACUGUGCCUUUCUGAUCAUAUCCUUUGGGUUUCAAUACUUUCAGAGUAUUCACCACUGUAUUAUUUAAAUUUUUUACCAUAAAUUUAUGCUGACCAAAAUACAUUUUCUUCCUGUGCAGGAGAAAAAAAUACAAGAUUUUAAAAUUUUUUUUUUAAUCUUUAAAACAUGCUUUUGAUGAUAUAACAUGGUUUUAAAUAACCCUUUUUUUUUUGGUAUAUGGUUGAAAGUGUAUAACCUGACAUACUGAAUGUGCAGGCAACUUUGUCCUAUUAUUGCCAAAGCACAAAAAUUUAAGACUUGCUUCCAUAUCAUAACCUAACGAUAUUUCAUUCAGUGGAAGAGAUCUCACUUUAAAGGAGACUAUUUCUUUUAAUGCCAACCUUUCCAGGAAAUACUCAGCUUUCCUUCCUUUAUUAUGUUUUAAUUUUAUUUUGUGUGAUUGUUUGCAGAAAACUAAUAAUAAUUUUUAAAGUUUAGAAAUAAAUCUCUAAAAUUUUAGGGUUAAUUAUUUCUUAUUGUUGUUAACAUCUCUAUUAACAUAUGUGGCUUUGCUGACAGUAAUUUUAAAUCACCUCAGUCCAGUAUUUAAUACUCUUGCUCUAUGCAACAGAUUUAUAGUAUCCUUUAGUCAGGUCUGCAACGUUUUUCUUAAGUGCCUUUUUCCAUAGUUACUGUGACAAAUAAGGUACCACAUCAUUAAUCUAAUACAAGACAACCCAGGUCCAUGGAUUUUUUUACAAUUAUUGUCAUUGUUGAUUUGGGUCCAAAACUGAUCAAGAUAAAGGGGCCUUAGUAAAUUCCUUGUUUUGUUGAGUCUUAUUUAGGUGUACUCCUCCUCAGAAGAAAUAAAAUCUAUAUCUUUAUCACUUUGGGAAUUGGGAGCAAGGUAAGAAUGAAAAAUGUGUGAUGUCAGCUUCCAAAUAGUCUUCUUAUAAUAAUCAUCUGUUGUAAAUAUCUCAGCUGCAACCUGAGGUUUCCAUACCAGGUUGAUAAAAACUUUCUUUUCAGAGAAUAAGUACUAGAUGCUCAUUCUGUAGUACUAAAAGAUUAAAGAGGUUGGCCAGAGCAACAUAAAAAUUAAUUUCAAUCAAACAAACAAACCUCUGUGUCCCAGUGCCCAUGCACAAACACAUGCAAAUACACAGGCUUGGAGACCAUGGAUGUUUUGACUGACUUUUGUGUGGUCAGCACCUUCAGGCCAGGAAUGCAGGUAGAAGAAGACACAGACAAAAUGCUUUUCCUGUUGCCUCAGCAGGCUAGGCAACAUUUUUGUCUCCCGCUUGGCCUAAUAGAGAAAUAAAUGCUUUAUAUAGACAUUGUGACUACCUACUACAGGGACUUCAGUUCAUAAAUCUAGUACUUACACAUAAUCCCAGGAAUUCAACAUCCUGCAAAGAGCUCUUGGUACCCAUUACUGCAAGUGGGACAAAAAUUGUUGAGCCAUCUCAGAUUUUCUUAAAAACAUGCAGUUAUUAUCUAGUUACCAAUGAGAAAAUAUGAGGAGGAAAAUAUGAUCCCAGUAGAUUAGAUCCUGCUGUUGUCUAGGAUAUCCGCAGGAAGGCUGGGUUUCCAGCCCUUCUGAUGUUUCCCUAAAGGAUUUUUCCUCUCUCAGGUACCAGGCUGUACAUCACUUUUUAAAUCAGUACCAAUUCUUUUCCAUAAGUGUUUGUAUAGUAGAUCUUUUUAUUUAACUGUAUUCCUGACUUAGGAAAAAACAACUUCAGUCAAAUCUCUUUUCUCCUAGAGGGCUACUGGAAUUUAUAAAGUCAACAAGUAAGUUUUUUUCAGGGCCAAAGAUAAACCUCAUAUGCAAGCCAUUAACACACCCAGACCAGCUUCUACAAGGUGUUUGUGCAUGUGUUUAAUCUGAGGCUCUGAGACACAGAGGGAUUAUCUGCAGUGUGAAAAAUUAAGUCAAAGUUGUAUUAACAAAAGAAAAGCACAACAUUAUGUAGGGAAAUGAUUUCUGUUAUAUGAGGUAAAGAGUGGCCAAUGUUUUAAUAAUUGCUUAAAGAAACUCCUCGACUCCUUAAGAUUUACCAUCUUAAUUUUGCAGAUUUAUGUGUCUAUAUGGAGU